UAUACAAGCUUCUAUUCCUCUCUUUCCCUCAAAGGCUCAAACCCUAACCUUUCCACUUCCUCCUUCGUCUUCCCCUCUCAAUUAUCAUAAUAUUACAAAAAAAAAAAAAAAAUGGCAGAAGCAGCUUUGGACAUGAGUUUGGACGAUCUCAUCAAGAAGAAUAAAACCAACAGUACCGCAAAUAAACCUCGCGGCAGAGGUCGCGGCGCAGCCUCCACUUCCGGUCCCACUCGCCGUUUCCUCAAUCGCUCUGCUAAUCGAUCUGCACCUUAUUCCACCUCCAAGGCUCCUGUGGCGGCGUGGAAUCAUGAUAUGUUCGCGGCAGAUCAAGCUAUCGCCUUUGGACAAGCCGGUGGUCGGGGUUCUUCUAUAGAGACUGGGACAAAGCUCUACAUCUCAAACCUUGAUUACGGCGUCUCCAAUGAGGAUAUCAAGGAGCUCUUUACAGAAGCUGGUGGCCUGAAACGCUAUGCUAUUCAUUAUGAUAGGAGCGGGAGAUCAAAGGGUACGGCAGAGGUAGUUUUCUCACGCAGACAAGAUGCUAUAGCUGCUGUUAAAAGGUACAACAAUGUUCAGCUCGAUGGGAAGCCAAUGAAGAUUGAAAUUGUUGGAACCAAUAUUGCCGCUCCUACUGCCCCUUUCCCCAAUGUUGCUUUUGGAUUUGGAGAUGCUAAUGGAGUUUCUAGAAGUGGUCAAGCAAGAGGUGGUGGUUUUGGGAGGUCACGAGGUGGUAGAGGACGUGGUCGUGGGUUUCGAGGAGGCAACAGAGGACGGGGAAGAGGAGGCCGUGGAGAAAAGGUAUCUGCAGAAGAUCUAGAUGCUGAUCUGAUGAAAUAUCAUACAGAAGCAAUGGAGACGAACUGAUGGGUCUGGUAGUAAUGUUUGCUUCCACAUCCAUUGCUUAGUGGAGCCAUACCAGAGACUCUCUGUACUUUAGCCUUUUCUUUUCAAGUUGCAAGAUAGGAAGUACUUGUAGGAAGAUUUAAAUCUUAUCUGUAUGGGAACUGAGCUUCUUCUUUAUUUGCUCCCUUGAUUUGGAUUUGCGAUUUGGGUGGAGUGAUUUGUGUAAUCUACUCAACUAUUUAGUUUUUACUUAAGAGGUGGACGAUUAGAUUGGAAAUGCUA